GACGCGCGCCGGAAGGAGCCGUCCGUGCGGCUGAGGCGCAUCCUGGGACCGGCCGGUGAUGGCGGAUCGGCAGUUGCCAUCGUGAGGCGAUCUCCUCCGCGGCCCCUCCCCGCCCUUGGCGGGCCACGCUGCAGCCAUUCCGUUCCCGUCGAAAUGACCGAGGAGCCGUACGAGAAGUUCCUGGCCCCCGAGGAGCCGUGCCCGCUGCUCUCGCACCAGCACCCGCCGCGGGGCGGCAGUUUGAGCCUGAGCGAGGAGGGCUGCCUGGAUGUGAGCGACUUCGGCUGCCAGCUCUCGUCUUGUCACCGCACGGACCCGCUGCACCGCUUCCACUCUAACAGGUGGAACUUGACAUCGUGUGGAACCAGUGUAGCCAGCUCAGAGUGCAGUGAAGAGCUGUUCUCAUCAGUUUCCGUUGGGGAUCAGGAUGACUGUUACUCUCUCUUGGAUGACCAGGAGUUCACCUCUUUUGAUUUGUUCCCGGAGGGUAGUGUCUGCAGUGAUGUCUCUUCUUCUAUCAGCACAUACUGGGAUUGGUCAGACAGUGAGUUUGAGUGGCAGUUGCCUGGCAGCGACAUUACAAGUGGGAGUGAUGUACUUUCUGAUGUUAUACCUAGUAUUCCAAGCUCUCCUUGUCUGCUUCCAAAAAAGAAAAACAAGCAUAGGAAUCUUGAUGAACUUCCAUGGAGUGCAAUGACAAAUGAUGAACAGGUUGAAUAUAUUGAAUAUUUGAGUCGCAAAGUCAGUACAGAGAUGGGCCUUCGAGAGCAACUUGAUAUUAUUAAAAUUAUUGAUCCUACUGCUCAGAUCUCACCUACAGAUAGUGAAUUCAUUAUUGAAUUAAACUGUCUCACUGAUGAGAAACUGAAACAGGUGAGAAACUAUAUCAAGGAACAUGGACCUCGCCAGCGGCCUGCCAGGGAAAGCUGGAAGAGGAGUAGCUACAGUUGUGCAAGUACCAGUGGUGUGAGCGGUGCCAGUGCCAGCAGCAGCAGUGCCAGCAUGGUCAGCUCAGCAAGCAGCAGUGGUUCAAGUGUUGCUAACUCUGCUUCAAACUCAAGUGCCAACAUGAGUCGAGCACACAGUGAUAGUAAUUUGUCCACAAGUGCUGCUGAAAGGAUCCGGGAUUCCAAAAAACGUUCCAAGCAACGGAAGCUACAGCAAAAGGCCUUACGCAAGAGACAGCUGAAAGAACAAAGACAAGCUCGUAAGGAAAGACUGAGUGGAUUAUUUCUUAAUGAAGAAGUGCUCUCUUUAAAAGUGACUGAGGAAGACCAUGAAGGAGAUGUGGAUGUUUUAAUGUGACGGGGGUGAAUUUAUCAGUGUUCUUUCUAAGCCUUAAGUGUAUUAUCCUUAUUGUUUACAUGUAUUUCUUGACCAAAUUUUGGUUAGUGUUAACAGUAUAAACCAGAUCUUUUCUCAAGUGUCAUUUUGCUAAGAAGGUCUGAGUAUGGAGUAACCUUUUGAGACUGAUUUUGCAAGGAAGAUCUCAGAAACUUAAUUACCUUCUGAAAAGCUGCUGAAUAGAGACAAUUUUAAGAAAAUUUGAACUUGGCAAAUGUACUAAUUUACUUGCAAGACAUAAAUCUAGGGGUUCUUUUGGAUGACACUAAAUAUGCAUUACUAUGCUUCAGCUUUUUUGGUUUUGGCUUGCGUUUUUUUUCAGCUUAGUGUUAAUACUACACUUGGCUUGUUCUCUCUUCCUUUCCCAUUAUUAGGAAGAUUGUUUAGCAUCUUAGGAAAAAGUCUUCAGUUCUACUGGGCUUUCUUUGUUUUUGCUCCUGGAUCAUACAAAAUCAAAGUACUGUGAUAAAGCCUUUUCUAGAAGUUAUGCUUUAACUCAGACUACACAGAAAACAAGAAGCAGGACUUCUAGUGCAGGGAAUCUGUAACACAAUGCCUGACAAUGUAGUUCUUUAGGAAGCAGUUAAAAAACCCCAAACUUGCAAGCUUAGUCUUCAGAAAGUUAUUUUGCUGCUCAGUAUCUUGUAGUAUGAUUGUUAACCGGUCGUUGACCAGUACAUUCUUAGUAUUGCUAUGAAAGGAUUCAAAUUAGAAACACCUUUUUGCACUGAAAGUGCACUAAUCUGCAGUUAAGUUGUCUAGGACACUACUUACAGUAGCUAAAGAUGCAGCUGGAAACAGAAGUGCAAACACAUGGCACACAGCUGGUGGCAGCUGUGCUUUUUACUUGUGUGUUUAGCUGAGGAUGUGUUUUUUGUGGGUUGUUACACUGUUACAUGUUACAGAAUUCUCCUUUUGUUGUCUAUCUGCCUUUGGAAUUUCUCUUGCUAAGAACACGAGGUAAAAUUAAUGCUUUCAGGUAGGGAGGUAGAAUAGUUUUGACCUGUUUCCUAAUUGUGACAAUCUGCAAGGUGACUUUUGUCUUUAUUUUGGAGUUACUUGUUACAGAAGUUCAUCCUGCCACAGCUGACGUAAAAAUGAUACUUUGAAAUUUCAAUGUGAAAAUUAAAAGAUUAUAAAAUAAUUUUCUAUUUCUGAGUUUAGGAGGUAAUUUUUCAUUAUCUUGAUGCUUCAUUACUUUCAUUUUGCUCUUCUAAAUUCAGGAGUUUGGCAGUUUAGUGUAGGCACAGGUACCUGUAAUUGCAGGAUAUAGGACUGCUCACAUUCAUUCUGCGUGUCCUGCACAGACCUAUUAGCCCUGACAGCUGAAUUAUGUUUUCCUGUCAGAAGUGGCAUUCCUUGUAUCCUCAGAAUAAACUGAUGAGUGAGUAAAAUACCUGAACAAUGGCCUCUGAAAGGGCUUCAAUAAGAAAUAAAUGAAGUUCAUAGUCAAACUCAUGUGUGAACUUAGUCACUUGUACUGCUGCUAGACACAGGUACCCAGCCUUGGCCACUGACUGGUUAAAGCCAUGUAGUGUCAUUUCUAAACUCGAGCGUUAACUGUGCUGUGUGGCCAGUUACCUGUUCACUAACUAGAAGUAAUUGUUAACCUGUCAGUAUUUGCUUAUACUGCAAACAAGCUGUACAGACCAACUAUAGCUGGUUGAUGCCUCACUUCCUCCUGUAGGAACAGUACCAGAAACUUCUUAACAGUAUGCAAGUUACUGAGAAUCCAGAUUGACUUAAAUCUGGAGCUUCUUUUAAAUAUGUUGUGUGGAAGAAAAAAAAUGAAUUGCUGUCAAUUCAGCUAAUUUUGGGGUGAAGUUGUUGAAUUCUUGCAAUUUACUGUGGCUGUAAUGGAUGAAUUCAUCAGGGAAUAUUUCACUGUGUGUACACAGUUCAGGACAACCUUUAUUUUCUGCAGUGACUUUGAAAUGUGAUUUUUCUUUUUCCCUGAAGAAAAGUGCACAUUCAGUACAGUAGAAAAUUGAGACUGAUAUGAAUUCUAAGAAAGGUGUGAUAUCUCAAGGUGGUGGGGCAUGAAACUGUGUAACUUUAUUCUGUUUCAGCAGCUCUUCAGAGUUUAAAGUCUUUGCUGAGAGAAGACCCCCUAAUUUUGCUGAGGUAUAGUUCUUUUGGGGUACCUGUCUACUAGCUUCCAGAGAUCGUGAAAUGAGGGAGGAUAGUAUUUCCAGCUUUAUCUUGGUGUGAGCAUGUAAGUAUAAGUUAAUCCAAGUGAUUAUAUGGCUCCAGUUGCUCAUAUGCUACAUGGAAUGAAAAGGUCCUGGGUGCCCCAGUAGCUGGAUCUGUCAUCUUCAGCUGCAUGUAUAGUCACUUGUGUGACAGUUAAAACUGUAGAAGAAAAUGGAUUUCCAGGGGUUCCAUGGUUAUAAUUUAUGUUCUGAUGAGAAUGCAGAGUAACGUCUUGCUUACCUAAAUGUUGUCUUUGCCAAGUACUUGGCACCUCAGAGAAUCGGGCCUGAAAUAGCUGUGGGAUUCAAGAGUUUCUGCAUACUUCUACAUGUUUGGGUUGUUUUCUCAAAAAAACUGGCCUUGCUGAUUCAAGCAUUGUCCAUGUUGGCUAUUGCUUUGUUUUAUAGCAAGUUACGUACACGUUAUUGGGUUCAGAUAGAUAAAGAAGAGUAACAGGCUGCUAAAACCAUGCAUUCUUAUCAGUACUUUUUCAAAAAAGAAUCAAAUCUCUACUUUUUAUUCAUAAAUAAACAAUGCCAGAUUUAAAAGCAAAAUAAGAGACAAACAGGAAAAAACUCAUAGUUGUAUGGCUCCAUGGUACUGAAGCUGUGUAUCCAGGUGCUUUGUACCCCCUGUCAUGAAUGUAAUCAAUUUGCUGUCUGUAACGUUAACAGUUUGCUUCCAUGGUAACUUUUUCUCUAAAAAGGCUUAGAAGGAGCACUGACAGUCUGAUUGCAAUAGGACUGUAAACAAUAGAGAACAUUCUUUUCUUAUUUUAAAUAUGAGGAAGAAAGCUAGCUGCGUGACAAAGCUAAUUUGUGUGUAUGUAUCUAAUGUCACCCUUUGUCUCUGUUAAGAUAAUAUCUAUUUUUCUUUAUCUGGGAAACUGAUUAAAAGAUGGUUAUAGUAUGCUCGGUAUGGGGUGCUUACUAAGAAGAGCAAGAACAGUCUUUGCAAGACUUUCCUGGGCUUAACUUUUAGUUCUCAUGUUGUGGUUUGAAACCUGUGAAGAUCAUUCUCUGGGGAAAAAACAAACUGACCUGCUUGAGUUUACCAUUUACAUCAGAGUCCAUCUACAAUAUAGAAACAAAAAAUGGCAGUAUUUACUGUUCAUCUACGCUGAAUGGCCUGAAGCCAUUCCUUCUAACACUCUUUUCAGCUUUUGAAAUAAGUUGAUGCAUUGGUCUAUAAAUAUUAAUAAACCUGACUGUUUUGGGGGCUCUUGAACUUCA